AAUGGAAGACGAUUUAGGUGUUAUAACUGAUUUUGAAGAUUUGAUUGAAGACGUGUUCAAACUUCGUAAAAAGUUAAAAGCAAAAACCGGGUGUGUAGAAUGUGCUGGAAAUAAAAAAAUGAUCGAAUUGUGCAGAGCUGCAAUCAAAAAGCCCAUAAAAGCCCUAUCACUUAUCGAAAAUAUAAAAAAACUGCAAAAAGACUAUGAUGAGUUGUAUAUAAAGUAUCAAAGAGUCAACACCGAAUAUAUCAGAUUAACAAAUCCAGAAGAGGGGGAACAGAGUAACAAGAAAGUAAAGAACAGGCUCUCGGCAUCUAAUCAUUGGCUCUCCGAUUGA